AUGGCACUGAGACGAGUGAUCUUCCGCCCUGCAGGUAGAGGAAAUUCGGAUGGACUGUAUGACUAUCGAUCUUACAUCUUCUCCGGAGCCUUCUUAUUACCAGGGAUGAUGGCUGCUCUGGCAUUUCUCAAUCCUGGACCCGCAUACGAAUCACUAGGCGCCUACUGUCAGUUGCCGAUCCGGCCGUUCUGGUAUCGACUCGCCCUGGCGUGGAUACCGCGAUACUGUGUUGCCAUUAUAAUUUUGAGUCUUGCCGGUGCCAUAUAUGCAUAUGUCGGCUGCGAAUUCCGCUCUUACGCAAGCAUUAGUCAAAGUAGCAUGACGCCUGUGACCACAGCACCGGGUCUAUCUCUGAUCGAUGGGAAACCCGCAACACCCACCGCGCCAGGAGAAUCUCUACGCAGGACAACUUCAGCCCCUCUUGAUUUCACCUCUUCCGGUGCUUCUCAUCGUAGAGGAUCAGCUGUAGCAUUUGGACCUACAACGUACGCCCCUGCCCAGCAGACAACAGCACAUGCUCCGUCCACACAAUCCCUACCAGGCAGUUCCACAUUACACCCGCCCAAACGAACCGCUUCUGUCCGCCCUGGCCUCUUCGUGAUUCCAUCCGGGUAUGCCGUCCAACCUCCGUCCUCCACUCUUGAUCUCGAGGGGCCCCUUUCCCCGCACACACAGUCUACUGUGGACCCUAUGUCCACGAUCGUGCCCGCGACGCCCGUCACGACCACAUAUUCCCGUCACCGAUCAUCCUCUUCAACCCCUGGCCAGCGCCACCUAGCGCGCCAACGAAGACGCAUCCAUCGCCAGCUCCGUCUCAUGUUCAUCUACCCUAUCGCGUAUAUCCUAAUGUGGAUAAUGCCGUUUGUACACCACAGCAUGAACUACAGCGACCGCUAUGCCAACCACCCCUUGUGGUUUAUACGGGUCGGUCAGGCGAUUUGCCUCACGUCCAUGGGUUUCGUUGAUUGUCUCAUCUUCUCCAUCCGCGAGAAGCCUUGGCGCAACAUUUCGACCAGCGACGGCACUAUCUGGGGUAGUCUGGCGGUCUGGCGCACGCCUCGAUCUUCGGUCUCCACAGCGAAUAGUGAGGAGACUGGUUAUGGGAAUGAUAGUCGACAGAGGAGUAUGACGGAGAGUGGAGUUAGCCGAGUCAAGCGAGUGAGGAAUAGUGUGAGAACGAGUGCGAGUGAUGAUCAGACGAGAUUGGCGUCGGAACAGGCGAGGAAAAGGCUGGAGUUGGAGAAGGAUGAGAGGUUGGUGGCUUUGACUAAGAGGAUGGAGAGGGGGAGUGAAGUCUUGCCCAUUGUGGAGGAGAAGGAGAAGGAGAUUGAAAAGACGGUUGGUUGA